UGUCUUCUGAGGAUUGAGUAUCCCGAUGAGGACGCGGACGGGGCCAGACUCGACCUCAGCUUGGCGAGCCAAUCAAUCUGGCGGCGGUGCGCACGUGCAGUUAAGGGCAGGUGCCAUAAAUGCGCAGCUGCAAUGCAGAUAUGCAGUCACAUGGUUCUAGAUCGUAGACUGCUUACGGAGAGCAAUCAGAUUAGAUGCAAGAUAAUAAGGCAACGCUGCCCUGUUAAUCUCUUUCUCCCUUUACUCGCUGUAGAACCACGUAUAAUUAGCAGACCUGUGCUUCCUACGCUGAGCAGAUAUGGACAGAAGAGGUUUACAUGCUGGCUCUGCACGAUCUACAGCAGACGUCUGUCGCUAAGCUUAAGCAGGUACGAAGUUAAGCGUGCCGCUCGCAUCGCAUACACGCUAUCUACAGCAUCGCGGAGUAGAUUGGACGACUGGGGUGGCUUUGGGUCGGACCGGAUGAUUAGAUCUGUGGAGCUUAUCGACGGCAGCAUGAUACGGCAAUCAGCAAUCAGCAAUCAGCAUCGACGGCGCCGAGAGUGCACUUGCGUGGGCAGUGACAGUGUUUACAAGACUACACGGCACUCAGUCUUAUCGAUAAUGUUUGUGGAGGAAGUGCUGGUUGUGGAGGGAGUGGAAUGUAAGGGAAAUUGGAUGGAGGCAGGAAGUGUUUGUGCAUCCACCGAGGCCGAUGACAACACCGACAGAGCGCAAAGUAUAACGGCACAACAACACACCACGUUUACCACCUUCACCACGAUCCUUGAUUCAGCUCGAUUUAUGUUUUUUUGUGCGCGUGAUCUGAAGAAGUACAUCGAUGUUCUUUUUAAUCCUCACGACUGCAUUUAUCCUACAACACCUACAAUCAGCAGUUGUUGAUGGGUUCUACAGAGUCUUGAGAUCAGAUGUCUGGGGACGUGGCGCACCUUUGCGGUUACAGCGCUCGAGGAGGCGGGCUCGACUGCUAUUCGCGGCCAGGCCUUUUAUCUGAUCUACUGCUUUCGUCGCGCUGUGGCUGGGGCAUCGUGAGGGGCUCGUGUCGCUGCUGCGUUGGCGCACCCGCUGUUACCCAGGUGCUUUGCGGGCUUUUCUUGCUUUUCUUGCUUUUUCUGACGGCGCCCACUAGCUGCAUCAGAUAACGUUGUUUACUUUCUCUGACGGAGCUGUUGAUGAUCAUACCUUGUGUGUUGAUGCUGGGCUGGUGCUGAUACCUUGGGGGUUGUUGAUCGGACAGUAAGCUGAUGCUGUCUUGGCCACGCUGUGCUGUGCUGCUGUGUUCACAUUCUAGGACAUUUGGAGGCAU